AUGUCGUAUAUCUGGUUGCAUAUAAGUAGUACAAGGCACCCGGACAUGGAGAUUAUCGAGCUUUCCCAUUUUGGUACGCAUUACAUAACUGAUGAUACGGCAGAAUACCCCCGUAAAGUAAUCCGCCCUACCAGAGGAUACCUGUCCGAUAUUGAAGCGGUCGUGCUUCUCUGUCUCGUGGCCCGCCAGCAUUGCAUCAUUGACACUGAAAGGGAGGUCUUGGAUGAUUUAGAAAAUGAACUGAUUUUGAUUGCUGAAAAUAUCUUUGGCCUUUCCCACGCCACCUUGGAUUGCUCCCCCAGCAUGACCGUGGAGGGGUUCAGUAAUGCUGUCCUGGCUCCUGAUGCUGAGAGACAAGGCUAUGACAGACUCUCGCCAUUUGCCGCUAGUGGCGAAGGGGGAAGGAGCGUUGAUCGACUGUCAUUUGGAGGUGGAAGAUCUAGCUCGCGGGUGCGAGCAAGCGUGCUUGAUGACCGCAAGGUGGUCAAUGUCGUCAUUGCCAAAAAUUUUGACCAGGCUCCGGAUCACAUUCAACUACUAACACUCGAUCUCAUUCGAACCAAACGGAUCUAUACGCGGACGUCUUUCCACAGCGUGCCGAUGACCUUUCUUUUUAUUCCACUUAUUGAAUCCAAGCCGCAAGGACUCUCCUCCUCGUUGAAUCUCCAUUUGCAUAUCAAUGCGCUACGGGAACUUAGCGAUAAUGUGACGUUUUCUGCGGAGAUAAGCAGCUACCUUCAAGAUAUUAUCAUUGCUCUCCGGAUGAAUCGGGGAGUGGCUGGUGGCCUGACUCCUAUCUCCACUCGCCAUUUCCAACUUCUUGCCCGAUGUCUCGCACCCUUACAACGAGUGGAUUAUGUUUUCCCGUCCUUAGUAGCGCUUGCUGCUAGGAGAGUUUAUCGCCAUCGCAUUUCCAUAACCGACCCAGCGAAUGAUCGAAGUCUGAUGUAUGGAAGUACGCUGAAAGCUGUUGAUUUAAUAUUGGCGGAUGCUUCCCCGGAAUCGAUCAUCGAGCAGGUCUUGGAGGGUGUCGAAGCACCUUUAUGAAUCGCCGCCGGUUAGCCUUUAUGGCAAUUCCCUAAUCCCGUCAGAACAGGUUAUAUCCAGUUAUAGAGACGAGAGGGAAGCUAAGUCAGGGGUCGCAAUAGAUGUGUGAUGGGUGGUUAUGAAUACAGUAUUUCCGGCAUUCCCCUUAUCCCUUCUAGCAACUCAAAAUUAAUUCAGCAGUCAUAACAACAGAUUCGCUCCAUCAUGCCACCCCAAGCGAAGUUCUUAUAUUUUAGAUAUCAUUGCCUUUGUGGCGUGAUGGGUAUCGUUCGAAUUGUUUGAUACCUUGAAACCACACUCGUCAAUGUAUUGAAGAGGAGACUUUCGAGGAACGUCUCAACAUCGCCUACAUGCAUUUUAUAUGAUAUCUGGGCACUUUAUUAUUUGAUACCCCUUUCCAAUGCCCAAGCGACAAAGGAGUCCGCAUGCUAAGGUCUCUAAGUGCUUGGGUUUCUUCUAUCCUUCUACGAAUUACUCUAUUCGUGACUCUCCAAAAGAAAGCCGUCCUUUAAGGUUGCGGAGGGCAUUAGUGUAAGAAUGAAUACACAACUAGUGUGUUGGGUAUUUAUUUAACCUAGACGUUGAAUUUAAUUUCACUGAGUUAGAAGGAAGCUCUCGGAGU